UUUACCAUCUUCAACCAUUUCCUCUCUCACUAUCUCGUCCCCAAAAAAAAAACCUCAUUUCAUCCUCCUUCACGGGCCAUUUCUUUUUCGAUUCCCUGCGAGACCGGUACCCGUUGGUUUUCUUCUCCUCAUGGCGACGAGAAACCGGACCCUCCAAUUCAAGAAAACUAGGGAUGCAGUGAAGAACGUUCGAGCUCCUCUCUCUUCCUCGGCAUCCAGUUCCGGCGGUCCGGUUAUUGAAAUGGUUAACACUUCUUUCCUUCGCAAUAGUCGUUCUUCGUACGCUCCUCUCAGUACCGAAGAGGACCCUGGUCCUUCGAGUGGUGCAUUUACGGUAGGUUUGCCGCCAUCGUGGGUUGAUGAUUCGGAAGAAAUAGCGGCAAAUAUUCAACGAGCUAAGGUCAAGAUGGCGGAGUUAGCCAAAGCUCAUUCAAAGGCUUUAAUGCCUUCAUUUGGAGACGGAAAUGAAGAUCAACGCGCCAUUGAGGUUUUAACCAGAGAAAUUACAGAUCUAUUAAGGAAAUCUGAAAAGCGAUUGCAAAGGCUUUCGAGGAACGGAUCUUCCGAGGAUUCCAGUCUUAGAAAAAAUGUCCAGCGUUCACUAGCAACAGACCUUCAGACACUAUCGGUGGACCUGCGACGUAAACAAUCAACUUAUUUGAAACGGCUACGACAGCAGAAAGAGGAAGAUGUUGACUUGGAGAUGAACUUGAAUGAUAACAGAUAUCGAGAGGAUGACAAUGAAUUCAGUGGCAUGGGAUUUAAUAAGCACCAAAUGAACAAGCUGAAGCAGAGUGAGUUCUCAACUGAAGAGAGGGAGAGAGAGAUCACUCAGGUUGUCCAGUCAGUAAAUGAGCUUGCUCAAAUCAUGAAAGACCUCUCAGCCCUUGUGAUAGACCAGGGCACUAUUGUUGACCGAAUAGACUACAAUAUCCAAAAUGUUGCUACAUCAGUUGAGGAAGGCUUCAAACAACUCCAGAAGGCUGAGCGAUCACAGAAGGGAGGGAUGGUGAAGUGUGCGACAGUGCUUGUUAUUUUAUGCUUCAUCAUGAUAGUCCUUUUGAUCCUCAAAGAGUUAUUCUUAUGAUCAUAUUAGGGUACCGCACUGAUAGUGGCUUAGCAUCCUAGUUUCACAUGAUUGAUCAUGUAUAAAUGAUGGUCCUGAAUAAGAUCCUAAUAAAAACCGCAAUGUUUACAUUCCCACAUAUGAUCCUGAGGAUGAUCAUAAACUGCGCUGUAAAUAGUUUGAUAUUUCACUGUUUUGACAUUGAAAAUUUGCAUUGAAAUAGGUUCUAGAAUUUGGAUUUCUUUUGACAUUUGUAAUGAGGUUGAGAUCGUUUUAGUUUGUAACCAAUCAUUCAUUGUGGGAAA